GUGACAGACGAAGAAAAGAGGGAGUUCUGGGACGCCUUGGAUGGGGUGGUGGUUGGUUUUCCACUGACUGAGAAAGUUGUCAUUGGAGGCGACUUCAAUGGCCAUAUUGGGGAAUCGGCCGAUGGCUUCGAGGGCGUGCACGGUGGUUUUGGCUUUGGCAGUAGGAACCCAGCGGGAGAAUCACUCUUGGAGUUUGCCAGGGCGAGUGAUAUGGUGGUUGCUAACUCUUGUUUCCCUAAACGAGACGACCAUUUGGCUACAUUUGUUACUUGUUAGUGGAGUGGGGACGACACAGAUCGACUAUCUUCUCCUGCGCAGGUGUGAUCGGGUGCUCUGCAAGGAUGCUAAAGUAAUCCCGAGUGAAAACAUCACUACCCAACACAAGCUUUUGGUGAUGGAUGUUAUGAUCAAGUGGGAGAAACAUAGGAGAGCUUCGAGUGGCAACACACAAAUCCGGUGGAGGAGAUUAAGUGCGGAGAAUAUCUCCGAGUUGACCAGGCGAGUGCAGGAGAAAGGUGCGUGGAAAUCGGCCAGAGAGGCUACUGAUAUGUGGGUGCACACUGCUAACUGCAUCAGGGAAACAGCCAGGGAAGUGUUAGGUGUGAGCUCUGGCUCUGGAAGUAGGCGUCAGGGUGAUUGGUGGUGGAGCGAUUCAGCCCGAAGUAAGGUGGAAGCUAAGAAGGUGGCGUAUUUGAGGUACAUGCGCUGCAAUGUUGAGGAGGAAAGAGCGGCGCUACGAGAGGAGUACAAGAAAGCACGUAAAGAGACUAAGUUAGAGGUGCGUGAGAGGAAGGCCCGAGAUCUGGAUCACGUGAGAUGCGUGAAGGGCAGCGAUGGGAUGGGGUUGGGGUCUGCCCUUAGCCCUUUUUUGUUCGCCUUGGUGAUGGACGUCCUAACUCAAGGUGUUCAAGAUGAGGUCCCAUGGUGCAUGCUUUUUGCGGAUGAUAUUGUGCUUAUCGACGACACGCGUGAGGGACUAAACGAUAAGUUGAAACUAUGGCGCCUUGCCCUUGAGACUAAGGAAUUCAGAAUAAGUAGGAGCAAGACUGAAUACUUGGAAUGUCGUUUUAGCGGCCGGGAUACAGAACCAGAGGUGGAAGUCAGGAUUGACUCUCACCUAGUACCUAAGGUAGACAAGUUUCGACAUCUUGGCUCGGUAAUCCAGGCUGAUGGGGAGUUAGAUGGGGAUGUUGGACACCGUGUUGGAGUGGCUUGGGCCAAAUGGCGGUUAGCUUCAGGGGUGUUGUGUGAUCCGAAGAUUUCGCCUAGAAUGAAAGGUAAGUUCUAUCGAUCCGUAGUCAGACCUGCUAUGUUAUAUGGGGCAGAGUGUUGGGCGGUUAAGAAGACUCAUGCUGAUGGGGAGUUAGAUGGGGAUGUUGGACACCGUGUUGGAGUGGCUUGGGCCAAAUGGCGGUUAGCUUCAGGGGUGUUGUGUGAUCCGAAGAUUUCGCCUAGAAUGAAAGGUAAGUUCUAUCGAUCCGUAGUCAGACCUGCUAUGUUAUAUGGGGCAGAGUGUUGGGCGGUUAAGAAGACUCAUGUGCGUCGUCUGCAUGCGGCGGAGAUGCGGAUGUUACGAUGGAUGUGUGGGAAGACAAGGUUGGAUAGGAUCACGAACAAAGUCAUUCGACGUCAGGUGGAGCCGGGGGUCUCUUGGAAACAGCCUCCCUACUCCCGAGUAGGGGCAAGGGCAAACGAAGCUUUUCAAACAAGACCUUUUAUGACAGAUGGAGUAGAUGAUAUCAUAUAGAAGAAUGUGAAAAUGUACUGACCGGCCAUUACCAUGACAAGAGUUAGCUAAACGUGCAGAUUCAUUGUUUGUAGAAUAUUGGAUUUCAGAUUGUUGUUCUAAUACAAGAAAUUCAAUUGCAGCAUCCACAUCACCACCUACUUGCUGUAGAACCUUGCACAAGA